AUGGUCCAAUUCGUCUUCACGCCCUGGCGCAACCGCGCCGAGCUCCUCAAAGUCCGCAGCCAGUUCUACCCAUCAUCAUCAGCCACAACACCACCGUCCCCACCAACGCCGCACCACAAAUGGACCCCGGCCGAGCUGCAGGACAUCCAACGGGCGAUCGCGCGCGUGUUCAUGUGGGUGCACCGCGGCAACUGCCCGCACGUGGUGGAGUCGACGGCGAUGCUGAUGUCGGCGGUGCUGCUGGACCGGCGGCACACGACGACGACCACCACCACCACCGCCACCAGCGCACAACACGGCAGCGACGCCACCGGCCCGGACGCGGCAAGCGAGUACGGCGUGCGCGCGGCGUACCUCACGGCGUUCACGCGAUUCGUGACAGGCCUGCUGGACGGGCACCAGGACCGCGCGCGCAAGCUGAGCAUGUACGGCGUGGCCAAGACGGUGGGGCUGCCCGCGGGCUUCGUCGAGCUGCGCCACCAGGGCACCCACGAGCCCAUGCCCGGGCUGGCGCAGCUGCGGCCCGCCGCCGGCAGGGCGCUGGUCUGGAUCUGGGAGUACUACUGGAGGAACCUGCCGGACGGGCAGGGAGGGGGUGAGGGCGGGGUCCGGGUGGCGGCGGGGACUCCACGAGCUGCUGCUGCUGCUGCUUCUGCCACUACUGCGUUGGACGGGCUGGCUGCUGGGAAACGGCAGCCUGUGGUGGUGGUUGCUGCUGCUACGUCUACGAUCAAGGGGCGGAUGUGCCGCGCUGCGCUGAUGGGGUAUCUGCAGAGGCAGGAAGGGGAGGUGGGCGGUGAGGCGGCGAAGCAGGCGUUGACGAGGCAGCUGGGGCAGUGGGAUGAUGCGCUCGUGUUGAGGACGCUGGAGGAUAUCGGACAGUCUGCGAGGGACGGAGGCAUAUUGUCACGGUCGGUGAAGCUUGCAAGGGAAAUUCUCCUCCGGGCUACGGGAGACGAGUCACAGCAAGAUGAGGAAAAGGAGAUACCCGCAGAUCAUGAGCAGUUGAGGAAAGAGCUGCGUGAGGCUAGGGAGGAGGUCGAAGGCUUGGUGAGUGGGAGUGAGGGCGGCAAGAGGAAACGGGAUGGUGCCGAUGAUGAUAGCCCUGGCUGGAAGAGAUGGAAAGGCCCGUGGGCGUCGCGACCCAUAGGGAUCCUGUAA